UUCCGUGUUCUGACGGCAGGUUCUGGUGAGCUGUCUCUCGAAUCUUUCUGAACUGCAACACACACAAACAGAGAGUGAGCAGCAGCGGUGAAUCAUGCGUUGGUUUGAGGGUUCGAUUCCCAGGGCUAUCGCGGCCGCUAAACGCCUCAAAUGUGUGUUUGUUGUGGUGAUUACAGGUGAUGAUGAUCAGUCCAGUCAGUUGAUGUCCAGUUGGAGGUCUGAUAUUGUGUCUAAUGCGGCGCUGAACAGCUGUGUUGCGAUUCGAGUGGACGCACAGAGUGAAACGUGUGUGCAGUUUUCACAGAUCUAUCCGGUGUUGUGCAUCCCGUCCAGUUUCUUCAUCGGAGAGAAUGGCAUUCCACUGGAAGUCAUCGCAGGAAGUGUCACGGCAGAGGAACUCGCACGCAGAUUCAACAAAGUCAAAGAGACUCUUUCUGUACAGAUGCACAAACAGCAGAGUGAAAGUGCAAUGAUGGACCCCGAGAGACUCCCUCAAACCCCAGUGCUGACCUCUGACCCACAGGACACUCUGAGCACGACGGUCACGUCUGCCAACAGUGGCUCCACGGCAUCUAAAGCUCCAGAUCUUCACAGAUCACACAUUCCUCAUCGCUCUGUUUUGCCAGAAUCCCUCUCUGUGCCGAUGGAGGAGGAUGGAGCGUCUGGUUACGUGACUGCAGGUGUAAACGACCACAGCAUCUCUUCAGGUGACGCGCUGCAGCUAGAGGAGCCCUUAGACACCCGGGUGGAGAGGUUAACAAAGAAACUGGAGGAGAGACGCGAGCGCAUGAGGAAAGCGGAAGAGGAGAAUGAGCUGAAGAAGGAGCUGGAGAGACGUCAGAUGGGGAAGGAGAUACUGGACUACAAGAGGAAACAAGAGGAGGAGAAAACCAAACGCCUGCUGGACGAGAGAAACCGCGAGAAAGCUGAAGAGAAAGCGGCCAGAGAGCGAGUCAAACAACAGAUCGCUCUGGACCGCGCUGACAGAGCGGCGCGUAACGCUCGGACUCAACAGGAAGCAGAAGUGGCGCAGUUAGCAGCAGGACACGUUCGAGCAGCCGAACAGGAAGCUAAGAGAGAGAGCGCACGGAGAGAGAGAAGUGCUGUUACCAGGAUACAGUUUCGUCUUCCUGACGGCUCGUCCUUCACUAACCAGUUUCCAUCAGAGACGCUGCUGCAGGAGGCCAGACGGUUUGCUGCUCAGGAAGUUGGAAACAGGUAUGGCCAUUUCUCUUUGGCCACUAUGUUUCCCAGGAGAGAGUUCAGCACUGAAGAUCUGGAGAAAACUCUUGUGGAGCUGGAGCUCACACCCAGUGCCUCCAUCGUCCUGCUGCCGCAGCAGUCCAGUCGUCCCUCCAACAGUGUGGUGCACUCGUCCUCCAGCAGGGGAUUGUGGGCCAUUCUGGACUCUUUACUGUACCCACUGCUGGCCGUCUGGAGGUUCAUCAGCGGCUUCAUCUUCAGUACACCUCCUGCAGCCGCUCGCAGCCACAACCAGCACACAGCGCACACAUACAAGACCGCCGCAGAACCACCGAGAGAUGCAGUUCGUAAGAGGGUUCUCGAGAAAAGACCCGACGACUUCAAAAAAGAUGGUAAAAUAUACCGAUUGCGUACGCAAGAAGACGGUGAAGACGACAACAACACCUGGAACGGCAACUCGACACAACAGAUGUAGUGACAUCACACACAUACGGUCUCUCGCUCUGAUGUUGAGUUCAUUUAGGGCUGUUAUUUACAUUUCCUCCCCUUCUUUACCCCCUCAUCUCGCACGGGUACAUUAAAUCCGGCUCCACUGAGGACGCUAGCUUGAGAAACACUAUGUUGAUGUGCAUCUGUUGUUAUUGACGGGAGCUUUACUGUUUAUUUAAUUCAAUAAUCAACGCUGUGAGGUCGGAGUGUUUUUGGUGUUCAUGUGCCGGUUCAGACCCCAUGACAUCAUCAUAAACCGCCUCCGCAAUAGACUUUAUACUAGCCGAAACACAGAUGCUUCUUUCCCAUUUAACUCUAGAAUAAAAUGUGUUUUUCAAUCAAGCUGUAAAUCCCAUCAGAUAUUUUCUCUUUGGGUUUUGUAACUGCCUUCAGGAAGUGCUCAUGCAUUAAUGUUUGAAUGUAGAAUACAGACAAUUUGUACUUUGAAAGAAUUAUUUCUGCAAAAUGACGUCUAACUGCUAUUAAACCUUCAGUUCCAUGUAUAAUAAUGGUUUUGUAAUUAUAAUAGUACUAAUAAAGGAUGA